AUGAGUAAAUUUUUAGCAGUUUUUCGCCAGUUUUUGGAAAAACGUCCUAUUUUAGGCAAUUGCGUCGUUUAUGGGACUCUUUGUGUGGCCGCUGAGACGUCUCAGCAAUUAUUAAAUUAUAAAAUUCUGGAAAAACCACCUAAACCGUUAGAUACCGGCACCAUAGCCCGCUACGUAGUUUAUGGCACCAGCAUUGGAGGUCCUUUAAUAGCAAAUUGGUACACGUUUUUAGACAAAAAAUUUCCAGGCACAGCAAUGAAAACCAUAGGCAAAAAGAUGCUGGCAGAUCAGUUUUUUUUUUCGCCACAACUUUUGGUAGUUUUCUAUGUUUCCAUGAGUAUUAUGGAAUGGAAACAAGACUUAUUUGAAGAGUGCCGCAACAAGUUUUUCCAAACUUAUUUGGCCAAUUGCCUCUUCUGGAUACCGUGCCAAACCAUCAAUUUCACUUUUGUGCCCAACGUAUACAGGGUGACUUACAUUGGAAUAUGCUCUUUUGCCUGGAUCAAUAUACUUUGCUAUAUAAAACGACAAAGUGCAAAUAAAAUUAAUUAA